AUGAACCAGGAAAGAUCAAAGUGCUCUCGCUUCGAUUUAAUCCAUGUUGACUAUAAAUGUCGGGAUGAGUUGGGAGUUUCAGGUGGCCAUCGAGAUGAUGCACCAUUUGCGGGCACACUUGCUGCAACUUCAUCUAUCAAGCUAAACGCUCAGACUUUAAAACCAAUUUUUGCACAUGUGGUUUGGUUGGUUUUUUUCGCUUUUUUUCCUACAGUGCAACAGGGCUGGCAUGUGAUAAAGAGUGCAGGGAGGGAUGCAUGGACAUUGCAAUUCUCUGAGUGUGGUAAUCGUUAG